AUGGCUAUGCAUACCCUGAUACAUGACCUUUUGGCAAGUGGAAUGGUGCUUUAUAUUUCCCUAUUUGCAGGAGGCGACCUCAUCUGGGGAGGAGGGUGCCUUUGAAAAACAGUGAAAGGAUCGUCCUGGCUUCGCACAGACUUUAAUUUGGAAAUAUCCUAGGAAUAAUUAUAUUUCUAAGAUAUUGAGUUGCCUUUCAAUAUAAACUCCCACCCCACCCCCCACUCCAAAUAUUUGGAUGGCAAAUAUCUGAAGAGAAAGGUGUAUAUAGUUUGGGGUCUCUCUUUUAAGUUGGCAAACAAGUUAAACUUGGCCAGUUUUUAUUAUUAUUAAUGGAAUCAAAUCCCUCCCUGUCAUAUGAAUGGUUUUAAGAAGUAGGGCAUGGGGGGUGUUUGUUUUACCAAUGUCCUCUGUCUUGAUCUCUUGGGAAGCAGCCAGCUUAAGCCACUAGCGCUGCACAAAGCUGUUGACGGAAUGACAAAAAUAUGGAAUGACAAGAGGAAUUUUAAUAUGAAGACUCUCUAAGAAAUCUGGCUUUAAGGUUGCGGUGGUUUUACUGGUGUGAGCCUGACAAAACUGUCAAUGUUAAUGCAGGACCACAGAAGAAACAGGAAAAUAGUAAAACCACAGGAAGACUGCAUCUGGCACAGCAAUCAUAACACAAAAGGACUUUGAUAUUUUUAAACAGCCCUAGCAAUGAAGAACAUUUGAAAAACAGUGAUGCAUCAGCCAUUCUUAAAAACAAGGAGGUGUUUGAGAUGUGAUAUUAAUAAUCAUUGUACCUCUUUUUUGGUACAUUUCAUAUUUGUGUCAGGGAAUAAACAAACCACACCUGGAACCAAAAAUAAAUAAAUAAAUUGCAAACUUUUGAAAUGUGACAAAAUUUCUAAUUUUGCGAAAUUCUGAAUUUCACAGUGGCCAACCAGAUACCUGUUGGAAACUGUUUGAAAUUUGAGUAAGCAGAAAUUAAGUGCUAUUUCAAUAUGUUUUAAUCAUUUUUGUUCUUAUCUUAAAUGGCAAGUCUAUUUUCUCAAGUUUUAUGGCCACAACUAAUAUAUAGUUAUUGUAUUGCAGUAGAAAUUUGAACAUGAUAUUUUACCUCAAAAACGACAGUGCAUGUUGUUGGUAAGUCGCUAGACACUAUUGAAUGCUAGCUUUCAGUAUCAUUAGCUACUGAACAAUACUGUGUUCAGUCUCUCAAAUAUUGUCAAUACAGAAAGUAUUAUGAUGCAACAGUGAUCAAAUUGUAGUAAAUGCUGAAUAUUAUUUCAUAUCUUUGAUACUUGGCAUGCUAUGAUGUCCAGUACUUAUUACUGUGUGAUGGAUGACACCAUAAUAUUUACCCUGCUUAUGCAAACUAUCAAAAACCAAAGCAAAAUACCUAUGAAUAUCAGAUAUCAAAUAAAAUCAGAGUUCAUUAAAUGUUAUUUAAAAGGUGUAAAAUAUUUACCCUUUAAUUGUAUAUGAAAUUAUGCACCAUUUCUCUAUAACAAAAAGUACAUUGUUUGCUAUUGUACAGUACCAUUUCUAAUGUCAAAAUCAAAUAUUAAUCAAAUAUUAAUAUAAAACAGUGAAGUUAGGAAAUAUUCAAACUAGAGACUCAGCUAUACAACUGCAAAUAAAACGUUUUGAAAGUGUUGUAAAGUUCAAUAUACAACUGUGAUACUAGAUGGUGACUUGGAGCUAUAGCAAAUUCAAUGCAUUUUUCAAAGUGAUUUGGAAAAAAAAAACAUUUUCACAACAAGAGAAAGUUUUAAACGUGUGUAGAUUCCACCUGUUGUUGUUGUUUAGUCGUUUAGUCGUGUCCGACUCUUCGUGACCCCAUGGACCAGAGCACGCCAGGCACUUCUGUCUUCCACUGCCUCCCGCAGUUUGGUCACAAUUCCUUAUGCUCUUCUGCUAGGAAGCCAAGAACUCUGUCCAAACCCAAUCCGGGCGCCGCUGGGCAGGCCCCGCCUUCCCGUCCCUGGGAGAUGCACGAAGCUGACAUGAAUCAAGGCACUCUACCCGUGGCUGGCCUGGCCAGCCCAAAUAAUGUGUACAGUUACAAGACAAAUUUUUGUGUGUUUUUGCCACCACGUGCGCGCAGGCAAGUAAGUGCGUUGAGCGCUUAGACAUUUUUUUGAUGAACGCGCUCUAAGGCCCGCGAAGGAAGCGGCUGGGACAACUGUAGUCAGAUGAGGCAUAAUGUGUCGCCGCCACCGCGACAACCACCCCCACACUCAUCAAAAUCUGGCCCUCUCAACACCAAAUCAAAUAGAUGGGCUGCUCUGACUGGCACUCCCAAAUCCUGAGGCAAGAGAGGAUGGAGAUGGAUGCACAUCCCCUGCCCACUGCUCUGGCCACUCCUCUCUACUAAAAGUGCUCAUGGAACUGGCAUAGCGGAGAAUCCUGAGAGCCAUCUGCCCAACUCCCAAUGUGGAGCAAGACAUGCAGCUGUCCCCCUAUGGGACUGAAUCCUGUGAAUUCAUAAAGUCAUGGAUUAACGACAAACAAUGAAUAGGUGGAAUUUCCACACGUUUAAAAUUUCUGUUAGAAAAUGUUUUUUUUUCAAAGUGAUUUGGAAAAACAUUUUCACAACAAGAGAAAGUUUUAAACGUGUGUAGAUUCCACCUGUUGUUGUUGUUUAGUCGUUUAGUCGUGUCCGACUCUUCGUGACCCCAUGGACCAGAGCACGCCAGGCACUUCUGUCUUCCACUGCCUCCCGCAGUUUGGUCAGACUCAUGUUUGUAGCUUCAAGAACUCUGUCCAACCAUCUCGUCCUCUGUCGUCCCGUGUAGAUUCCACCUAGGUUGAUGAAUACAGUAUAUCAAACUUCAAAUAAUUGGGAGUUAUUCAAUAGCCCAACACAAGAUGGCGGCAAAGGACAAAUUUGUGUGUUUUUUGUUACUCAUUGCAAGUAGGCAGGUUUUAUUUUGAUUUAAUGUUUAAAUUUGUUGGGAGCCGCCCGAAGUGGCUGGGACAAUCCAGUCAGAUGAGCAUAAUGUCGUCGUCAUCAUGAUAAUCAUCAUCAACAACAAAUUCAUUCCCACCUGGGACCAAAAUAGAUGGCUGCUCCUGUGAUCCUGAGGCAAGAGAGAGAUGGAGAUGGAUGCACAUUCUGCCCACUGUUUCACACUUUCCUCUAUCAUGGGCAAGUUUCAUGGAAUCAUAGUUAGAAGGAGACCCUGAGAGCCAUCUGUCUAACUCCCUGCAAUGCAGGAGUAAGACAUGCAGCUGUCCCCUAUGGGGACUGAACCUGUGAACCUGGCGUUAUCAGCUCCACACUUUAACCGAGCUACCCAGUGGUUUCUGCAAUAGCUUGAAGACCUUUUCGUCAAUUCCACCUGCCAAUAAGACAACUUUGCCCCUCAGAUUUGGCCUUUGCAGCAGUCAUUCAGGUAUUCAUCUCUUCCUAGACUACUUGGGACCUGCAGAAAAUAGUCCCUCAACCCAUACCAUUUGGUUCCGAUUAAAAUUUUAGUAGCCCGCCACCCCCCGGCAGGUCCUGCAUUUCAUCUGGUUCUCUAGAAAGCUCACAUUGCUCCCCCCUCCCUUCCCUCCGCAGCAUUGCUCAGCAUGCAAACUAGGCUCAGUUCUCACUGAGCUGUUUUGGGGUCCCCUCUUGGAGUCCCCGCUCCUCUAAAGACUACUUUGUCCUUCUGCAAACCUUGGUGUCUUCAAGGCUGCUGAAACCUCUCUCUUACAUGUGUCUGUUGCUCUUCUUAGCUGCAUAAGGAAGGGCACGUGGAGAAAUUGGAAUUACAAUAUAGAGGAGAACUGGCAUUCUGAGUGGGGAAGACUGAGCAUUUGUUGCUUUUCCUUGAACUGCUUACUCUCCUGCUGAAAGGUAAUAGUUGCACCAGCAUACCUGGCGUGGUGGUGAUUGAAAUCCCUUGAGAGCAGUAUUAAGGGCAUAGUCUCUGUCUCCUGUAUUUUUUUGUCCCUUGUGAACUGUUUUGCAUGUCACCGUUAAGCCACUUCAGGUGGUGGAGGCUGGUGCUGAUUUUAUGCGCCCAUCAACUCUGUUAGGCUACUUUGUUCUGAAUUGAAGCCAUCUUAACUGACACAACUCGAAAGACUGUUCAUAUUUCUGUUGCUUUUUUCUAUGUAAUGUUUUAUGUAUUCUGAGUCAGACCAUUUGUACAUCCAGCUCUGUAAUGGCUGUGCCAGAGAUUGGGAACGUUUGGCCUGUCAAAUAUUGGGCCAAAACUCACCUAGCACCUGACCACUGGCCAUACUGGCCUGGAAUGGUGACAUUGGAAGUCCAGUUGUAUCAGAAAGACCAUUGCUCCAAAACUAAAGGGUUUCAGACUGCAGCCACUCUUUCCCUACCUGGAGAAGUUGGGAACUGAAGCCGAGACCUAUAUGCAAAGGAUGAGCUCUACCGCUGAACGAGAGAGCCUAAAUCCACUUGUAAUUUCUUAAAUAUCACACUUCUACCUACAUCAAUUAAUUUAAGUGGAUUUCAUGAGCAACUAAUUGUGCAUUUUAAAUCUAUAUUCAUAGGAAAACCUGGCUGCAAGGGCAAAGUUAGCCUCCCUGAAGCAUUUUGUGAGCAGGCUCUGGGCAAAACAGCGUGCAAAUUAUUAUGGUGGCCAUGUAUCAGGUAAGUAAUUUUAUAUGUAAUCUGCUCUUUAAAAAGGAAAAUAUGUUCCAUGGGUUUUGUGCUCAAGAUCUACUAGAUGCAAAACCAAGGAUAGUUAAAAUGAAGUACCGGUACUUCUACAUGGAGCACAUAGUCAAAAUAUGGAACUCAACUCUCCCAGGAGGCAGUGAUGGCCACCAACUUAAUAAAUAAUAGAAUUGGAAGGGACCACAAGGAUCGUCUAGCCCAACCCUCUGCUAUGCAGGAAUCUUUCACUCAACAUGGGGCUUGAACCCACAGCCCUGAGAUUAAGGACUUCACAGCUUUAAAAGAUUAGACAAAUUCAUAGCUAUUGGUGGUUACUAGCCACAAUGACUCUGCUCUACCUCCAACAGCUCGAGGCAGUAAAUCUUCCCAAUACCAACUGCUGAAAGCCAAGGGAAGGGAGAAUGUUCUUGAGCUCAGGCCGUGUUUGUGGGUUUCCUACAGGAAUCUGGUGGCCACUGUGACAACAGGAUGCUGGACUAGAUGGGCUAUUGGCCUGAUCCAGCAGGCUCUUCUGAUAAGGAACCUUUAUUUGUGCAAGCAAAGCAAUUGGCAAUACAUUAUUAGUUCUCCAUUAUGUUAAUUUGGUCAUUCAACUGUGGUUCACAUUUUCUCAUUAGCAACCCAUAAAAGCAUUAGCAGACUCAAUACUGCAACUGAGAUGAAUGUUGGUUUACUGGUGUACAAUGUGUUAACAGAUAGCUUCCUCAAGAUUCAUAUGAAGAUCUAAAGAUCUAAGGCAGCCUGAUGUAAUAUAUCACAAGUCCUGGGAGAGGGCAGUGUCUGCCCCUCUGGGAUCUUCCCUAGAUUCCUUAUGGCACUAGAUUCCUUAUGGCAGUUCCUUAUGGCACUGGGCUUCAGCUGAAAGAAGGGGACAGUGCAUGAUGACGGGGGUUUCUUAUUUCCACUUUCAGAGGAAAAGACGAAGGCAAGUGAAAGUUGAUGAGCUGAUGCUGAAGGUGCCAGUACAUGGGUACGCAAACUAAGGCCCAAGGGCCGGAUACGGCCCAAUCGCCUUCUCAAUCUGGCCCGUGACAGCCCUGGAAUCAGUGUUUUUACAUGAGUCGAAUGUGUGCUUUAUUUAAAAAGCAUCUUUGGGUUAUUUGUGGGGCAUAGGAAUUCGUUCAUUUUUUUCCUUCAAAAUAUAGUCCGGCCCCCCACAAGGUCUGAGGGACAGUGGACCGGCCCCCUGCUGAAAAAGCUGACCCCUGUGCUAGUACAAGGAGUAACUGUAUUUGUUGAGAACGGUCUGUAUCAAGUGCUACCUUUGUAGCAUAGCUGCUACGUCCUGCAUGGAAUGCUGUCCUGGUAACGUUGAGAACGGAACAAGAGUUGUGUGUCAAGACCCCAUAGCCACCCCCCCCAUUGGGAAAUAACACACACAAGGACACGGAUAUUAGGUUUAUGUUAUUGGGCAAAUUUGGCCACAACUUUAUUGAUUACAGAAUGUGAGCGGUAUUGGCUUAGGCAUUGAAUGGACCCGACUAUAUCGGACUCCUGCCCAAUGCGCAGGAAGUCUGGUAAGGGUAAACCACCGGAAGGGGGAACCCAAUGCAUACCAACUCGAGCUCCCCCUGGUGUUCCUGUCGGGGUCGUGUCAUGGCUCUAGCCCCCGACCUGGGCUUUGGACAAGAUCAACACCCCUGGAUUCCUUUAAUGGAAUACCCUUAAGCUUGGAGGGGUAGGUGAUGGCCACACCUCCCCUCCCCCAUCACAAGGUCAAACAAUGCCUAACCGCAACCCUAACAAAGUUGUGACGAUUGCUACGAGGUAGGCGAAAACCACAUGGCCAGUGCCAGUUUGCCAAGUGGAAAAAUUCCUACCAGGCCCCUCAACGGCGACCAACCGAGGUCCAUAGCAAGGCCAGUGCCUAAACCUGCAAAAUAGGGAGGGCGGGUGAUCGAGGAAGCGAGCCAAAGAGGAAGCCUUCCGGCUUGUGCCUCUGAUUUAAACGGUCCCGGCCACGCCCCCCCCCCAGUGGGGAGUGGGUAGCCAUGCGGUCCUAACCCUCCCCACUGGGAAGUGGAGCAGAUUUGUUGAAAGUGUAGACUGGAAGCUCCAUGAAUGCUGUGGUGAUUUCGGUUUUUGCCCAUUACAACCUUUAAAAAUCUCCUCGUACUGUAGCAUGAGAAAGGUGGCACAGGGCCAUGUGGAUUAGAUGAAAGAUGGGGAAGAGAUAAAGGCUCUUAGGUUCUCAGUGGCCCUUACUGAAUUGUGUGACAAAAUAAGUCCAGUGCAUUGGCAGGUGCCCAAGGGGGGGGGGCUCCCCUAGAAACAGCGGUUGCAGCAACAUGUUUAGGAAUUCCAAGUGGUGGACGUUUUGACUACCUGCUUUCCCACCCCGAUUCCUGAAAUUUAAAGGCCUGAGUUCUGUAUACAUUUCACCUACCUGAUGGCCAUUUUACAGUGAACAUUUUACUAAUUCUUAAACCGAGUGAGAAAGGUGGGUUCCUACCAGAUGUUUAGCACUGAACAGGUUCACAUGCUUUUUGAAUCUGAAAAAUGACAUGGUUUUAUGCCGUGUUCCAAAACUCUUUUAUAAGAAUGAACAUACAUAAAAUAUUCAGUGUAGCAAUUAUACAGAACAUAAAUGUGGUAAAUGUUUUACAGGCAAGAAAUAUGACACACAGAUGCUGCAGAAGAGGCAACCAUCACUGAAAGCCACAUGGAAAGCAUGUUCAUUUUAA